UCUGAAACAAAAAGAGCAGAACCUCCGCGACAAUAUCGCACAACUUAAGACGGAGCUGAGACUAGUUAAACAGUCGUCUAAUGAAAAAGAUGAUACGGUACGAGCUCUAGAGGAAAUCAUAAAACAGAAAGAUAUCUUACUGUCCAAAAAGAUAGCAAGUAUAGAAAACAGCCUAACAUGCAAAACAAAGAACAAGAAAUCACCCCCUCCUGUAACUGAUCCCAACGAAACACCGAAGCAACAAACCGAAGAAGAACAACAAAACAGGUGUGAACACAAUCAAAACCAUACACAUGAUAAUGGUGACAAUAGCAAAACAAUGGCACGUGAACGACAGCGAUAUCUUUCUGCGCAAUGCUCAACAUCAAGACAAAAUGAACGCGAAAAUUUACCAGAAAUAAAAAGUACAACCAUGGAACUCACAAGACCAAGCAAUGGCGCUGCCGACACACCUGUUACAGAGAACAACAAGCCAGAACAACACCACACAUUGUCUACAAGUGGCUCUACUAAGCCUAAUAAAACUACAAAUCAGAUGAAAACCACCAAAGAAACCAUAAAUGCACAAGACUCAGAAGCAACAACGAUCCCUUCACGAAUAACCUACAGGUCCAAUAAAACAACCCCUAAGACAUCCUAUGAUGAUAGCAUUGGAGACUGGCCAUCGAACUCAUUUACGUUAGAUGAUUAUGACGAUGGGUUCGAAGGCGCCAAACCAAGACGGAAAGUUAAAUGGCUAGUGCUAUCCAGAAUCAACUCACGUCUCUCGUGGCCUGAUCUCCAAAAUAAAAUCAUUAAAUACGCACAACGUAAAAAUGUUGAAUUAACAUUCGUCAGGCAUUUAAAAUCAGGUGACGUAAGAAAUUCAUACAGUCUCAAAUGGUAUACUCUUCGCAUCAAUGUUAACACAAAUGACUGUGACUCAGCUUUAAGGAAAGACUUCUGGCCUGAGAAUAUUAUUUGUAGAGAAUGGAUCAGUGACCAUGAGGAAUCUUCACAUGCAUCUAUAUGGGAGUAAAACCAAAGUUAUCAUUAUGUAAUAUGUUACACGUAGCCUUUUUGGUAUUAAUCAGUCAUAGCUUAUCCUCAUACGCGACAUGUAUUAAUAUGCAUAAGCAAACAAGUGAUCUUAGGUUAUUUUGCUGGAAUUCACAAGGAAUAAUGUAUGGUGCACCAUAUAUAUCUGAACACCUGAAGUCAGUCGACAUUGCAGUGAUCACUGAACACUGGUUACAUUCAGAUUCAAUUAAUUUCUGUAAUACACUUGAUUUAGAUUUUACAAGUAAUGUAAUCACAGAUCAUCGUCUCAAUGUAGAUAAUCCAAAAAGGCCACGUGGUAUAGGGGGAGUUUGUAUAAUAUAUAGAAAAUCACUAUAUGCUAAGCAUAUUCAAUUGAAUUUCGAAUCUGAUAGGAUUUGUGGAAUUGAAUUGACCGUCAAUGGAAAUGAUACACUUUUUAUUUUCGGUGUAUACAUGCCAUCGACCAACAGUUCAAUUCCCGAAUAUAAAGAAUGUCUCAAUCUUUUAGAUGAUUUAUAUAAUAUAUAUAGCCCAGAGGGCAAUAUAAUUCUGUGCGGC